UUCUCGGUGCAGUGUCAUUUCACAGAGUGUCAACCCACCUCAUAGGAAGAGGUGGAAAAUUAUGAGAGGGGGAGAUUUCUGUUUUUCUUCCUUGGAGGAGACUUUGACUUUGUGCUCUGGAAAUACGUGAAAUUUGCCGUGCCUUGAGUAACGGCUCAACUGAGACCUGUUCCCGUCUAAGCAUUUUAAUGAGCGUAAGCCCCCAGGAGGAGUAGUCGGAACUCACAGCGAGCAAAGUCAGCCCCGUGGGAAACAAAGCGCCCCGGCUGCUCACACUCACAGACAUGCAGCCCUUCGCCUUGGUCAGUGCUCUUUCCCUGCUGAUCUGCAUCUCCUCUGGUGGAGCAGAAGCCCAUAGGCACUACCGACAAGUCCUUACUGGAAACCAACCAGGUGUGUGCCGCUAUGGCAGGAGACUGGAGUGUUGCUAUGGCUGGAAGAAAAACAGUAGAGGACAGUGUGAGGCUCAGUGUGAGCACGGCUGCAAGCACGGCGAGUGUGUUGGCCCCAACAAAUGCAAGUGCUUCCCAGGAUACACGGGAAAGACGUGUAAUCAAGAUUUGAAUGAGUGUGGCUUGAAACCUCGGCCCUGUGAGCAUCGCUGCAUGAACACUUUUGGCAGUUACAAGUGCUACUGUCUCAAUGGAUACACCUUGAUGCCUGAUGGAUCUUGUGCCAAUUCCCGGACGUGCUCUCUUGCUCACUGUCAGUAUGGUUGUGAGGAGGUUCAGGGGGAGAUUCGCUGCCUCUGCCCAUCUGCGGGGCUGCAACUGGGGCAAGAUGAGAGGACUUGUGUCGAUAUUGACGAAUGUGUUACUGGGAACAACCUCUGCCCAUACAACAGACAGUGUGUGAACACCUUUGGCAGCUACUUCUGCAAGUGCCAGGAUGGCUACGAUCUGAAAUAUGUUGACGGCAAAUAUGCCUGCGAAGACAAUGAUGAGUGUGCAGCCGGCACCCACAAGUGCAGCCACCACGCUGUCUGUCUGAACACUCAAGGAUCCUACAAGUGCAGGUGCAAGUCUGGCUUCAGAGGCAAUGGCUUUGAAUGCUCUGUCAAGCCCUUUUAUCAGAGGCCGUGGGAUGGAGACAAAGGCAGUGCAGAUGAUUUCCUCAAUGCCAUCCCAGACUCCCAAGUGAGUCCCGGGACUCUGGGAGGUAAACUGCACAACGAGGAAAUCAAAAACAUUAUCCCUGAACCAGUCACAACGACACCCCCUAAGAUCCAUCAGCAGCCUUUUGACUAUGAAGGAGAGGUCUACGUUGGCCCCCAGACAGAGCGGAGACCUCCGGAGGAAUUUCCCGAGGAAGACGAGGAGGAUGAGGAUGAGGAAGAGGAAGACAACCAGCUCAAUCCAAGAGGAGAUGUUUUCAUAUCAGAAGACUUUGAAUCCGUUUUCGGUCCAACCACUGAAGUCAAAGAAAUCCAAAUAGCCCCAGCUCAGGAGGAGUUUAUCAUGGAUUGCAACUUUGACCAGGGAGCAUGUGAGUGGGUCCAAGACAAGGCUGAUGACAUGGACUGGAAUGUAGCUUACCAUGACACAGGUGCAGAGUACUACAUGGCUAUUAGUGGGCUCCUAGGAGAGAAGGAGGACAUGGCCAAGCUGAAGUUGCUUCUCAAUGACCGGGUGCAGCAGGGCAGCUUCUGCCUCACUUUUGACUACCGCGUGGUAGGACACAAUGUGGGCGCUGUCAGUGUGCUGCUGGAUAACAAUGCUUACCCAGUGUGGGAGCAGAACCAAAGCAGAGACCAGGGCUGGCAGACUGAGCUCCUCACUGUGGCCUGGAAAGAGGAGGCCCCACAAGCUGUCAUCUUUGAAGUUCAGCGUGGGACGGGUGUUGGAGGAGAGAUAGGGCUGGACAAUGUUGUGCUGACCUCAGGGCCCUGUCAAGAGGAUGACAGCCCGGUCUUUUAGGAAUGUCCACCUUGGAUCGCCAAUUUGAAAAAUCUGCUUCCUUUCCUGGCAUAGCCUCGAGACAACCACACAAAGAUAAAGACACAUGGUCUCGUGGGGGAGAUUAUGUGCAAUCAGUGUAUGCAUGUUCAUUUGUCACCACACUGCUACAUCAAUGCAUCCUGCAACAGUCUCCUAAAUACAGAUAACUCCGAUCUCAGGAAUAGGUGGAAACGCUUUGUCUGUCAGAUAUGUUCAACAGUAUUGUGCUUAGUCCUAUGCUGUGUAUGCAAUAGUGCAUAGUUGAAGUUAACAGAAAAUAAUCAUUAACAUGUAAUGUGAAUUCUUAGGUGAAUUAUUGCUGAAAUUUCAAUCGUUAAUGAAUAACUUUUGCGAAGUCUAGUUAGUUUGAAUGAUAAGUAUCAGUGCAUAACUGCUGUAAAUUUUGCUUUCAUAUUAUACUAUACUAUUACAUUAAAAUGUUUUUUUUUCUAA